UCUAAGUUCAUCAUAGAGCAACUGACAAUUUCUUGAGCUUCUUUGAGUUAAUCAAUUCUCGGUUUUCAUCAUGUCGACCUGUGGCAAUUGUGACUGCGCUGAUAAGAGCCAGUGUGUGAAGAAGGGAAACAACUAUGGUGUUGUGAUCGUUGACACCGAAAAGAGCACCUUUGAGGAUGUCGUUGAGGUUGCGGACUGCGGUGAGAACGAUGGCAAGUGCAAGUGUGGCACCAACUGCACCUGCGAUGGCUGCAACUGCGGCAAAUGAAAGGCGUUACUGUGAACUUUCACCCUGUGGAUAUUUAUAUAACAUGAAGGCAGGGUGAAAUUAAAUAAAUCAAAUAAGUACUUAAUUUGGCGUUUACGUGUAUGCAAUUGUGUGUUUUAUUUUGAUGCCAGGGUUUGAAAGGAGCCAAAGCUUUGGUUUCCUUAUUUGCAUAUGUAUGUCUUAUGGUGUGUCUUACUUAAUGGACUUGUUCUAUUAGUAGUAUGUGGUAAUUAAUGGUCUUUGUUUCAUGUC